AUGUUGCUUCCCGAGUUACCUAAGUUUAAGAUUCAUCUGUUGAGCCUGAGAUUGUUAGAUAUUCUGGCUGCAAGAAAGGAUCGCAGAGGGCUAUCUGGGGAAGUCCUGAUUGAUGGAAUUCCACAACCUUCCAAUUUCAAAUGCAUCUCUGGUUAUGUUGUUCAGGAUGAUAUUCUCAUGGGAACAUUGACUGUGAGAGAAAAUUUGCUGUUUUCUGCAGCUUUGCGAUUGCCUAGUUCAUUUAGGUUCAAGGAGAAAGAAGAAAAGGUGGAGCAAAUCAUCUCUCAACUUGGACUAACCAAAGUGUCUGACUGCAAGGUUGGUACAGAAUUGAUCCGAGGUGUCUCUGGUGGGGAAAGAAAAAGAACACAUAUUGGUAUGGAACUCAUAACUGAUCCUCCUGUUUUAUUUCUGGAUGAGCCCACAACAGGUUUGGAUUCCAACACUGCAAAAUCUGUGUUGACGCUAUUGAAAAGCCUAUCGAGAUAUGGUCGAACUAUUAUAUUCUCUAUCCACCAGCCUCAAUACUUCAUAUUUAAACUUUUUGAUAGCCUGACACUGCUGUUGAAUGGAAGAAUGGUAUAUCAUGGUCCAGCCAGCACAGCAUUACAGUUCUUUUCAUCUAUUGGCUAUGAGUGCGAAACCUUCAACAAUCCAGCGGAUUUCUUUUUAGAUGUUAUGAAUGGAGACUUUAAUAGUAAAGAAAAUCAUCAGCUGGCAGCAGGUUUGGACAAUGAAAGUUCAGGAAAAUCAACGUCAGACAUGAAACAGGAAAAAACUUUUGCAGAGAAGCUGGCUGAAUCCUAUAUGAAAUCAAGCCAGUAUCAAGAGACAGUGGAAAUACUUAUGCAGAUAGAAGGAAACAGAGGUGAUAAAGAAAUAAAAGAAAUGCAAAUGCAGUCAAUUACAUAUACAACAAGCUUCUUACAUCAACUUUUCUGGGUUAGUAAUCGGAUAUUUAAGAAUUUUAUUCGAAACCCACAGUCAUCUAUUGCCGAGGUUUUUCUUAAUAGUCUUCUGGGAUUCUUUCUUGGUGCAAUCUAUUUUGGAGUAAAACUUGAUUCAAGUGGAAUUCAAAACAGAGUCGGUUCUUUCCAUUUCCUUGCUUCCUACGAAUGCUUUAGUAGUGUGUCUGCUGUGGCAUUGUUCAUCCAAGCCAGGAAAAUCUUCAUACAUGAAUAUAUCAGUGGAUAUUACAGGAUUUCAGCAUACUUCUUAGCAACAAUAAUAGGGGAUUUAUUACCCAUACGAACUCUGCCUGCCAUUGUAUUUUCAUGCAUAACCUAUUGGAUGGUUGGUUAUCAGAGGAAUCUUGCCAAUUUUUUAUUCUUUAUGCUAAUUCUGUUACUGACAUCAUAUGCAGCUACAUCCUUGGCUAUGGCUGUUAGUGCUGGAUUAGAUACAAUGACUACUGCAGGUGUGGUAAUCAAUGGUAUUUUCGUUUUUGCAAUGACCUUUUCUGGCCUUCUUGUGAACUUGCCAAGUAUUUCAAAGGGGCUGAACUGGUUGCAAUAUUUCAGUAUUCCUAGGUACAGCUUUGCGGCACUGCAGGUGAAUGAAUUCAGAAACCUGUACUUCUGUAAUCACGAACAAAGGAAUGACACAAUACUAUCACAGGCAGUAGCCAAUUGCUCUGGGAACCUGUCACCAAGUAAAGGAAUAUGUUAUGGUGAAGAGUACUUGUGUGGGCAAGGAAGUGGAUUUGAUUUGUGGGCCAUAUGGAAGAAUGUUAUUGCACUUGCUUGCAUAACAAUAAUUUUUCUGAUUGUAGCAUAUGUCAAUCUUAGGUGUAUGAGGAAAUUCACAUAACCCUCUUAAAAUUAAAUUCAUAUUUUAUAAUCUAGUUAAAUAUAAACUAUUUCUCCAUUGUUACAAUGGAUAAUCAUAACUGAGAUAAGGUGUCAGGCUUGGCAAACUAGCAACCCUCUAAUUUGUGGGACAAAAAAACUCAUUCCUAAAAUUUCAGCACAUAAUGUAAAUUGAGAGCAUUAUGCGGUACUUGAGGGAGUGUAUCACUGUCAGAAGUAUUAUCUUUUGAUAUAAUACUCAAUUUGAUGCCUUAACAUUUCUUCAAGUUGAUGUGAAAAAUCCCAUAGCACUAUUUAAAAAGAAUAGGGCAUCUGGUUGAGCCAACAUUUAUCUUUCAGCUGGUAUAAUCGU